AUUUUCCCUCUCUUAUCUCUCUCUCUCUCUCUCUCUCUCUAUCUCUAAUUAGAAGCGAAGCUUCUACUUGUUUCCCUUUUCUUCUAGAAGAUGCCGCUCUCUUUACCGUGGCCAUGGCCAUGGCCGAACCCUCGCUCCCAAUCACCCUCGCAAACCCCCACCGACCCAAGACCCUUUUUUCCCCCAAACCCCCUCACCUCCCUCCUCUCCCACAUCUCCACCGCGUCCUCCUCCCCAUCCCUCGGAGCCCAGCCCUUGUGGGCCCGGGUGGUGGCGGCGGCGGCGGCGGGGGCGGCUCCGGCUCCGGCUCCCGCUCCGGCCGUGGCGGGGCAGGCGCCGGCGAGGGUGGCGAUCGAGGAGCGGCUCGCCGGGGUCCCCGUCUAUGCGCUCAGCAACUCCGCCGAGGAGUUCGUGCUCGUCUCCGGCGCCCGCAGCGGCAAGUCGCUGGGCCUCUUCUGCUUCAGCAGGGGCGACGCCGAGGCGCUCCUGGAGCAGAUGAGGUCGAUGAACGCCGACAUGCGGGAGGGGUCCAAGGUCGUCACCGUCGCGCUGAAUAAGGUUUUCGAGCUUAAGGUCAAUGGGGUCGCCUUUAGAUUCAUCCCAGAUUCAUCUCAGGUGGCAAAAGCGAUAACGGAGAGGAAAAAGCUAGGGGAUAUUUCAGAUGGUUUUCCUGGAGUUCCAGUUUUUCAGUCAAGGAGUUUGGUCUUGAAAAGCCAAAACAAGAGAUAUCGCCCAUUUUUCUUCAGAAAGGAGGACCUAGAAGAUUCACUUUCUAGAGCUUCUCGCCAGCAGAGGCAACUAAAUCCCGCGUUAAGGCACGGUGAUAUUCAGGUUUGUGCUUUGGAGGAAAUUAUUAAUGCUAUGAAGGAUGGCUCUUCGUCGAAGUGGGAUGAUGCUGUGUUCAUCCCUCCAGGUUUUAACGUCUCUACCGAUCUCAGCACUGCAGCUGCAUAGGCCGUGCUCUAUCUUCGAGCUUUUUUUAUCUUCAAGCUUCUUUUAGGAGUUCAUUGAGGUUACGUAGCUUUUUUUUUUUUUGCCUCUUCUUAAUACUGUUAUAAUUAAUGUGAGGUUAGCUUGGUCGUCUGUAAUUUAAUGAUUGAGGUGAGUGAACUUAGGUGAACUUGUAGUUAUUUAAUGUAUAUGUAGGAUUGAUCCUAUGCUUUUCCUUCGUGUCAUUUUGGAUUGACAUAGGAUAAUGAUAAUACCUUUCCUAGUAAACCAAUAUAUUUAUUAGACAGAUAUAGUUUGUUAA